AUUGAACUCUGUCUUUUCUGUCAAAUUAUUAACCCAACAUUAGUCAGCUAGCUUUCGUGACACCUACACCUAGUCGUGGCAAGUUUAUUUAUUUAUUUUUUUAAUUAUCAAUAAAAAUUGAGCGAGUAACAGGUAAACAUCUGUAUCAAAAAGACCAACUAAACAAUCCCAACUAAAAUUGCAGUGGAUGGACCUGUUUUCACAGUGUGAGACCUGCAAAAGGGACACCAAUCUGACCCAAUGAAUGAGGAAUGAACCUGAACCCCUUCUGGAGCAUGUCUGCCAACACGAGCCGUAAGAGAUCUGAUGAGGAGCAGAGCGGGCAUGCAGACCAGAGAGCCAGCCCAGCCCGGACCACUCACAAAAAGCACCUUCCGCCAAUUCCUAAAAAUGCAGUCCCUGCAAGCAAACCAGCAUUGUUGAGCACUCCAGCCCACUCAGCCAAUGGCUUACAUGCCUCCUAUGGCCCUUUUUACCUGGAGUACUCUCUGCUGGCUGAGUUCACACUAGUGAUUAAGCAGAAACUCCCUGGAAUUUAUGUCCAGCCAUCAUACAAGUCAGCACUAAUGUGGUUUGGAGUCAUUUUCAUCAGGCAUGGCUUGUACCAAGAUGGCGUCUUCAAAUUCACCGUAUAUAUUCCAGACAACUACCCAGAUGGGGAAUGUCCCAAACUGGUAUUUGACAUCCCAGUCUUCCAUCCUCUGGUUGACCCCGUGUCUGGAGAGCUUGACGUCAAAAGAGCUUUCACCAAAUGGAGGCGGAAUCACAACCACAUCUGGCAAGUCCUGAUGUACGCACGUACCAUUUUUUACAAGAUCAACACGACGGAGCCCCUCAACCCAGAAGCUGCUGUGCUGUAUGAGAAAGACGUGCAGCUGUUCAAAAGCAAAGUGGUGGACAGCGUCAAACUAUGCAACAGUCAUCUUUUUGACCAGCCCAAGAUCGACGAUCCGUACGCAAUAAGUUUUUCUCCAUGGAACCCAGCAGUUCAUGACGAAGCAAAGGAGAAGAUGUUCAUUCACAAAAGACGACCAGACGAGCACCACAAGGGAAUGCAGGUGUCGGGGUUAUCUUGGGUGAAGCCUGGUUCUACCCAGCCCUUCAGCAAAGAGGACAGUCCUCCCCAGAGUUGAAUCUGCACUGUGGCCACUAGAGGGCGACGCAAACAUUCAAAGCUGCUGGCACGCCUCGAAUAAUUUAUAUGAAGUGGAAACCUUGAAACAGUUCGGAGUACUUUGUUCUCCACUUUAUUUUUCAGCUUUAAAAGCUACCUUGGCAUCACCCGACAAAGUUCUAGAUUAAGGAAAACUAGUUUUUUACCAUCUGUAAAUUGACAAUGACAAGUGGAUGUCUCGGCUCAUUUAGGCUGUGAUGCAAUCAGCGCUUUUCCAUUUUUCUCAGUCCUUGCACAUUUGGUUAGGCAGUAAGGUUAAGUCCCAAAAAGAGGUGGAAGUGAAGCACUUUUUGUCCAUGUGGUAUGGCAUUUGUGGUGGACUGCAUGGUGAAUACCACUUGCUUGAACUGGCUUAGGACUGUUUGUCAGACUGGGAAUGUCGUCAACUACAGCUCUGAAUGAAACCUAAUCCCACCUGCCCCCAGUACACUCUGAGAUCAUAUGUUUUAUUUUUAUUUUUUAUUGAACAGUUGUUGCUUUUUGUCUUUACUGAGUAAACUGUUUUUUUUUGUAGCUUUUUAAUAUAUAAAUGUUUAAAGCAGGACAGGAAG